AUGUCAGACCCGAAGAAAUACACCGUCGGCUGGAUCUGCGCCAUCAAAACGGAGUACGUUGCCGCACGCGCAUUCCUCGACGAAAAGCACGAGCAAGCGGAGAGUGUAUCUCAAAACGACAACAACGGCUAUACCCUUGGGCGCAUUGGGCUCCAUAAUGUCGUCAUCGCUGUGUUGCCUCGGGGCGAGUAUGGCAACAACUCUGCUGCGGCUGUUGCAAGAGACAUGAUGCACAGCUUUCCCAAUGUCAGGAUCGGCUUGAUGGUUGGAAUUGGCGGGGGUGCGCCAAGCUCCGGCCAUGACAUCAGGCUGGGGGAUAUUGUUGUUAGCUCCCCCGGUGGCGGGACAGGAGGCGUGUGGCAAUAUGACUAUGGGAAGACCAUCCAGGAUCAGAAGUUCCACCACACAGGGUUCCUUGACCAACCACCCACGUCGUUGCGUACGGCUGUGGCUAACCUACAAGCAACCUACGAACUUGAAGGACAUGGCAUCAAAGCUGCAAUCGAACACGCUCUUAAAGACAAGCCGAAUCUCAAAAAGAAUUACGGUCGACCAGACGAAGCUAGCGAUCGACUGUUCAAGAGCGGAUUCGUGCAUCCACUGGAGAGCGGUAACAGUUGUGAAGACACUUGCAAUAGCAAUCCAUCCAAUCUGGUCUCCAGAAAACAGAGAGACGAAGAGGAAGAUGACCCUGCUCUUCAUUACGGCUUGAUCGCAUCCGCGAAUAAGCUGAUGAAAGAUGCUGUUAUCAGAGAUACGCUCGCCAGGGAACACAAUGUCCUGUGCUUUGAAAUGGAGGCCGCUGGACUUAUGAACCACUUCCCCUGCUUGGUCAUCCGCGGCAUCUGCGACUAUGCAGAUUCGCACAAAAGUAAGCGAUGGCAGGGAUUUGCAGCAAUGACGGCUGCUGCAUACGCCAAGGAUCUUCUUCACCACAUCGCGCCCAAUCGAGUUGAGGCGGAGGAGAAAUUUAGUGAAGCGUUGGACAAGAGUAAGGUUUUAAUCCCUGGAUCUGGGUAA